GAGCGCUGAGCUGGGCUCAAUCGCUAUGCCAUGGGACGUCACCGAGGCAAGCUGGCAGCGUCUACUGACCCCGAGUACGAGUCCAGGAUCCAGGCUGCACUCAUGGGUGUCACAAAUGGCACUUACAAGAAUAUUACAGUAGCUGCAAGGGCACAAAAGGUCGCACGGCAGACUCUUAACGACCGGAGCAAGGGUCUACAUAUGUCUCGCAGGGAUUUUGCCAAGUCACAGCAACUCCUCCAGCCAUCGGAAGAGGAAGCUGUCAAGGACGAUGCUGAACCAACGGCUGGCGAAUAAGACCCAGAAGAAGCGUCAGAAGUCGAAGAAAAUUAACGCCCGUUUCGUCACGCACCCAGAGCUCAGAGAAGCAUUCGAGGCUGAAGAAAUCGAGCGCAUUGAGAAGGAAAAGGUUGAGGCAGAGAAAGCUGCCCAGAAAAAAGCCGAAAAUGAUGUUCGGCUCUCGCGCAUUGAGGAAGACAUCAAAACGAAGGUAUUUGACGGCUCACUAUCAUCAUACAAGCGCAAGGACGACCUCGUCACCAUUGCCGGCGCUCUUUCACUAUCCAGGGACGGGACAAUGAUUGAACUGACUGCAUGAAUCAAAGAACAUCUUGCAGAAAAUCCUGACUGUGCCAGUCAACCAAGGUUCGCGGGACUUCUCGGUGGCAAACGAACGAG